CGAGGACGUUGCGUUCUUUGAGAGGGGGUGAAUUGUAACAUCCCGAGUCGUGAUAUGUGAAAAGGCUUAAGAGAAUUGAUUUGGCUACCUAUGUCACCAAAAGUUGACUUACCUUUUCCGUCACACAUCCGUUUAGAACUCCAGAGUUAAGCGUGCUUGGGCUGGAGUAGUGAAAGGAUGGGUGACCUAUCGGGAAGUGAUUCGUGAUACCGUGUAAGUGAGGCCAAAGCACGGAGAAAGGUCGGGUGGUGAUUGCAGGGUCAGUAAACAAUGAUUUCGAGCCUUGGAAAAUUAAUGACCGACCGUCAGAUGGGAUGGGGCCCACGGGCCGAGUGAGCGGGCGUGGGUGGCCCAUUAGCCGUGGGCGGUCGGGGCGUUACAAGUGGUAUCAGAGCACGGUUGUGUCUCGGCCCUGACCCGGGACGCCGGUUAGGGGACCUGAUUUUCAAAGAUAUAAAAUGUUUUCAAUGAUUUUUAAAACUUAGAAGCACCAUUCUGUCCGACAUUGUUCCGUCAAUCGUUAAUGAUUUGGUUAAUGAGAAAGUUGACUGUUUUGCCAUCUUCUAUUUCAGAUGCCCCCAAAGAGAGGAACUAAGCGUACUCGCACCGUGAGAGCCAGAGUUGAUGCUCGCGAGGUUGUAGAUGACCAGGCUCCACCAGUGGAUGUUCAGACAGAAGGUGUGCCGCCAGUAGCCCCACUGAUUGAUCAGGCUGCACUCAUGCAGAUGGUUCAGGCAGCAGCUACUCAAGCUGCUCAGGCUGCCAUUCAGCAGGUUACCCAGGAAGCAGCUCGGGUUGCUGCACAGGAAGCUGCUCGAGUAGCCGCACAGGAAGUUACCCGUCAGUUGGCUGCUGCUCAGAUUCCAGCACCACAGAUUCCUCAGGUCCCAGGGCAGCAGAUUCCAGGCCAGCAGAUUCUGCCACCUCCACUGCCACUACCACAGGUUUAUCCAGUUCAUGAUGAGAGGUUUUACCGGCUCACAAGUAUGAUGAAGAACAUGGGUAUGGAGCAUUUUGUAGGAACAUUGGACCCUACAGCCGCUUAUGAUUGGAAGCUGAGUCUACAACGGAAGUUGGAGAAUAUUGACUGCCCCCCAGAGUUUAAGCUUAGAUUGGCUAUGCAGUACUUGCGUGGAGAUGCAUUGGUAUGGUGGGAGGGAGUGCGAUUAAACCGUGGGCCUGACAUUCUCACUUUUGCAGAUUUUAUUGAGGAGUUUGAUAGGAAGUAUUUUCCAAAGGAAGCUAUGGAUAGAAAGAAGAGGGACUUCGAGCAUGUGAGCCAGGGAGACUUGUCGAUCAAGCAGUAUGAGGUUAAGUUCAACCAGCUUCGCAGGUUUGUUGGAGGUGGUAUUCCUGAAGAGGAGUUGAUCAGGAAAUUUUUGGAUGGGAUGCGUUUGGAGUUUCGCAACAGGUGUAAUGUCGUCACUUACUACAGAUUGGGAGACUUGGUGGAGAAAGCAGCUGAACAGGAAGCAGGUUGGAUAGAGGAGCAGAAACUUCUCAAAUCAGUUCAGACCAAGUCUGGAAAGACUACAGAGUCUCAGAAGAAGACAUGGGACCAGCAAGAGACACUGAGUUGUGCUCGUUGUCAUCAUCAUCAUAAUGGAGAGUGCAUAAGGUGUCAUUCAUGUGGACGGACAGGUCACAUGUCGAGAAAUUGCCGGUUUAAACCAAUAAACUCAGAUUUUGAGAGGCAGGUUGUUGCACAAGACAAGUCAUCUAAGGAUUGCUAUGGUUGUGGUCAGCCAGGUCAUAUGUUGAGGGAUUGCCCGACGAGGGAACAUGCAGAAGAUUUAUCGCCGCCUAAGCGCUAAACCAUCGAUCAACGAUUUUAUGCUACACGACAUUAAGAGGGAGUGAGCCGUGAGCCAGUAUGCAUCUUUGUUAUUUGCAAUUUUUGUGGUUUAGUACGUUGACGUUCCUUGUGAAAGCUUGCUUGUUAAUUGGUAAACUCAUAUAUGGUCGUUUUUAGUUCA